AACGCCAUUUUCAGCGAGCGUGAGAGCUCAGCAGUCAGCAGACCAGUACAAGGCUAGUUGCAUAGGGAAAGUAGGUCAAACGACUGGCGGGGAAAUAAAUCAGCAGAUCUCGACUACAAUCUUCAAUUUGACUUUGUCUACAAUUCGACAGUCAAUAAUAGUUCCGGAGCCCAAUGUGCUUGAUAGGUUUGCCAGACCUAAACAUAUUUUCUAGUGUUGGCCCUGGUUGAUUAGGUAAUAUAUUUUUUCGACUAGAACAUUACGACUGAACACUGAGCCAAACGCGAUCCAGGUGUGGCUGUCAUCUAGGUAUCUUGGCAGAAUGAAGAGAAGUCUAAGAGGAACCGAGCAGCAGGAUGAAGGGGGCACCAGCUGUGGGACUCCAGAGUUCUGCAAACGGAAACGCAAGGAGAGUUCUGAUGAGAGCGACUGGGAAGAGGAGGGCCUGGACUGGGGCCGUUUACCCCAGGAGAUCCUGCUCCACAUCUUCCAGUACCUGCCCCUGCUGGACCGUGCUUAUGCCUCCCAGGUGUGCCGCAGCUGGAACAUGGCCUUCCACAUGCCGGAGCUGUGGAGGUGCUUUGAGUUUGAGCUGAACCAGCCGGCGAGUUCCUACCUGAGGGCCACGCAUCCUGACCUCAUCAAGCAGAUCAUCAAGAAGCAUUCCAACCACCUGCAGUACGUCAGCUUCAAGGUGGACAGCAGCACAGAAUCGGCAGAGGCAGCCUGUGACAUCCUGUCUCAGCUGGUCAACUGUUCCCUGAAGACACUGGGGCUGAUCUCCACAGCCAGACCCAGCUUCAUGGAGCUGCCCAAGUCUCACUUCAUCUCGGCCCUGACGGUGGUGUUCGUCAACUCCAAGUCUCUGUCCUCGUUGAAGAUCGACGACACGCCCGUGGAUGACCCCUCCCUCAAGGUCCUGGUGGCCAACAACAGCGACACGCUCAAGCUGCUGAAGAUGAGCAGCUGCCCCCACGUCUCCCCUGCAGGCAUACUGUGCGUGGCCGACCAGUGCCACGGCCUGAGGGAGCUGGCGCUCAACUACCACCUGCUGAGCGACGAGCUGCUGCUCUCGCUGUCCUCCGAGAAGCACGUGCACCUGGACCACCUGCGCAUCGACGUGGUGAGCGAGACCCCGGGCCAGCACUUCCACGCCCUCAAGAAGAGCAGCUGGGACGCCCUGGUGCGCCACUCGCCCAAGGUCAACCUGGUCAUGUACUUCUUCCUGUACGAGGACGAGUUCGGGCCCUUCUUCCGCGACGAGACCCCCGUCACCCACCUGUACUUCGGCCGCUCCGUCAGCAAGGACGUCCUGGGCCGGGUGGGCCUGCACUGCCCCCGCCUGGUGGAGCUGGUGGUCUGCGCCAACGGGCUGCGGCCCCUGGACGAGGAGCUGAUCCGCAUCGCCAAGCGCUGCACCCAGCUGUCGGCCAUCGGGCUGGGCGAGUGCGAGGUGUCCUGCAGCGCCUUCGUGGAGUUUGUGAAGAUGUGCGGCCGCAGACUGGCCCAGCUGUCCAUCAUGGAGGAGGUCCUGGUGCCGGAUCAUCACUACGGCCUGGACGACAUCCACUGGGAGGUGUCCAAGCACCUGGGCAGGGUCUGGUUCCCCGACAUGAUGCCCACCUGGUAGAGCACGGCUCUCCCAAUAAAGUCUCUGUGUGUGUACAUGCUUACGUGUGAAUAAUGAGAUCUAUAAUAAUAAUAAUGAGAUGAGUGCGUUUGUAUGUACGGCUCUUCAGCUAUGUCUCAAAGCUUUGUGUCCCAAGGGAGCACUUCGAAGGACAGUCUCUACAGUUGUUGUUCAGUGGUUGAUAUCAGACUUCCUUUGUGUGUGGAGGAUGUCACUUCCCCUGACACCUUCCAUCCACACCUAGGAGGACACACGUGUCUAUAUGUAAAUACACUUACUUUCAUUUGACUCUGGAUUUCCUGGAUGCUCAUCAAGACCAUUCCGCAGACUUGAACCCUAACAAUAGUCAAUGGCAUUUUGACAUAGGGGACAGCUGUCCUCAGUCUUGUGGAACAGCCUGAUUUAAUAGCCAGAGGCAGGUUGAACCAGGCAGACCAGAGAUCGUUUUUUGUGUAAAACCAAAAUUAUUACAAAUAAUUCUCACUUCAUGGGAACAACCCAGAAGAAAGAUAACUGUGGAUGUUCCAAGAGCAUCACUCAAGCAAGUCUGCAUGGUGUAUCUCCAUCACCUCCCUGGUUCACUACCAUGGUGUCUCUCCAUCACCCCCCUGGACCACUACCAUGGUGUCUCUCCAUCACCUCCCUGGUUCACUACCAUGGUGUCUCUCCAUCACCUCUCUGGUUCACUACCAUGGUGUCUCUCCAUCACCUCCCUGGUUCACUACCAUGGUGUCUCUCCAUCACCUCUCUGGUUCACUACCAUAGUGUCUCCAUCACCUCCCUGGUUCACUACCAUGGUGUAUCUCCAUCACCUCCCUGGUUCACUACCAUGGUGUCUCUCCAUCACCUCCCUGGACCACUACCAUGGUGUCUCUCCAUCACCUCCCUGGUUCACUACCAUAGUGUCUCUCCAUCACCUCCAUGGUUCACUCCAGAGCUCCCAGUGCUACCAGUUAGAGAACAGUUUGGUGCAAAGGCUCUAGCGUUGUGAGUAGUGAUGUGUCUCUGAAUAUGGGUUUGUCUGAUUCUCUGUCGUCUCGAUGUGGCUCCACGUUUGUCCCAUCCCUGUAAAUAGAUGGCCUGUGUAAAUACAAAUGGUCUGGAAACUAGUGAACAGGUUUUGCUGUUAGAUAUUUCAAUGUUGAUGUAAAUAUGACAUAUAUGGAUGUAGACCACCCAAUCAAAACAUGAGAAUGUGUGCCACACCAAAUGAAGGAUAGACGUUUGCGAGACAUGAAACGUGUCUUUAGUGCAAGGGUGGCAGGACCUCGUGUGUCGUCCGUUGCAUUUGAAAAGAAAGUGAAAGUCAAGUACAUCUUGGAAGGUUUUCGUAAGCGUGAAGAGACAAACCACAAAGUGUUUCUGAAAUGAACAAAGAAGGGCGUGGGGGGUUCCAGUUGGACCUUGACAUUGGAGCCAAGUUGACCCAGUAUACUGGCACAGCUGUGAAAUGGCUUUGAAAGACAACAUGUAUGGGUGGUCGUUGGAGGAUGAUGGUCCAAUGUUAGUCUGCUCUGAAACGAGUGCACAUGGUCUGGUUUGUGUCCGUUCAUGUGAGCCCACAGCUCUCUGCAUCACCCGGAGACAACCAGCUUGAGUCCCACAGAUCUCGGCUAAUCUCCCUCCGUAAGGAUCACUGAGUUGGCCGGGCGGUUGAAACGGAAGAUGACUUGUAGAUCAGUGAUAAAUGUGUCUGUUUCUCCCACUGGCCUCAUCUCUGACCAGGUGAAUGUUGUAUCUGUAGCGGGGCCUCCAGGUUGUAUCUUUUCAACCUUUUUAAGGUUAGAGGCAUCCCAUUCACAAUGAGAGAUGUCCUUGGUGACGUGUGUUAUCGUAUGAGCCAGUGGCAGGGCUGAAGUUGAGUGCCAGUGUUCUUGUCUUGAGGCUAAAACUGCUACAUCCGUCGUAAGUGAGCUGGAUGUCCUCGUAGAAGCUAGGAUAUGGACUUUAGACUAUGAUUCUAUUCAGAUUCCACUAUUGAACUGUAUCUUUAUAAUCUUAUAAUCUAUGUUUGGGCGUUUUGUAAUAUUGUGUGGAUUUAAGUACACCUAAAUAACCCUUGUGAUCCUCUUAAUCGAUGGUGUAUAGGUUAAGGAAAUCCGUAACAUCCAGAGGGUGUUGAACAUGAACAGGCUCUUCACCAGGCUCAGUUCCUGCUAUUCGCAAGUCUACUUGGAGCACAUUGACGUUAGUCUGAUGCGUGUAAGAGGCUUUGUGUGACAACGGUAUGGAGUGAUCCAUAGACUUACUGGUAAUACAAACCCCAUCCUCUCAUAUCCAAGAGCUUGGAAAUGAGAAAUUAGGGGAAGGCAGAGAAAGGAUGUUAUGCACCUGUAGGGGGCUAGUCCUGCUGUUUCCAUCCCAUUACAGUACUUCCCCGAUUGGUUAUGGAUCCUUUCUUCAAAAUGCGUGUACAAUCUCUCAUUUGUUUUGGAGAGUUCAUUAUAAUCUGUUCUGUACCACGAGCCCUUUGACAGGUACAUGUUAAGUGGUAAUGACCUAUAUGACCGAACUAGAGAGGCUCCUCAUACAAACAUAUCUAAUCGUCUUCACUCUUGUGAAGUUAAACCUUUUUGUUUAUUUUGUGUCGGUAUCUAAAAUGAACCCCAACUAAAGCAAUGUGUGAAAAGGAAAUGUACCUCCCCCCAAGCACUUUAAAAUAAAAAAUGAAGUUGUUUCAUAUCAAAGAUAUAUAUGUAUAUAGCCUAACUACCAUUCAGAACUUUUGUCUGCAUAUUUCUCUGCAAUGCAUUGUGAAUCGUUAGCAAAGUUGAUGUUAACUUUCUCUGCUGUCCUUGCUAAUCUGUGCGGGUUGCAGUCCAAUUAAGUCCAAUUAAGAGUUUGUAGACAGCUUUUUGCUUCUGGCUUUUUUUUAAAUAAACCUUUGUGAAUGUGA